AUGUCUAACCCUACUAUCGUCUUCGCUCCUGGUGCGUGGCACACAGCUGAUUGCUACGAUGUCGUGCGGAAAGAACUCCACGCCAAGGGCUGGGAGACUGAGGCUGUUGAUUACCCCUCCGUUGGUGCUGAGCCCCCUACUAAGGGACUAAGCGAUGAUGUCGCCGCUGUGCGAGCUGUUGUUGAGAAGUUGGCUGAGGAGGGCAAGAAGGUCAUGGUUGUUGUGCACUCAUACGGUGGCCUUGUCGGUGCUGAGGCUGUUAAGGGCUUGGGCUUGAAGCAGCGCGUGCAGGAGGGCAAGACAGGCGGUGUGAUUCAGCUUGUUUAUCUGAGUGCGUUUGUCAUGCCAAAGGGAGUCAGUAUUCUUGCAGCCCUUGGAGGACAGUAUCUUCCUUGGAUGCGAGUCGAGGGAGACCAUGUCUACGCUGACACCCCCGAAAACGUCUUCUACCACGAUGUUGAUCCUGAAACGCAAACCAAGGCUAUUGCUGCGUUGAAGCAUCAGUCUCGUCGCGUGUACACCGACAAUGUGGAGUAUGAGCCGUGGCACGACGUUCCCUGCUUCUUCAUUUUCUGCGAUGAAGACCGUGCUAUUCCUUUGGCUAUUCAGGAGAAUCUGGCUUCUACGCUGGGUCCUGAUGCUGGGAGCUUUCAUAUCAAGAGCUCUCACUCGCCGUUCCUGUCGCUGCCGAAGGAGACGGUCGAGGGGUUGGAGAAAGCUGCCCAGGAUGGGUUGGCCAAGAGCUCAAGCUAG